GCCAGCAGCGAGCAGCCAGCAGCAUGGUGUACGAGUCGGACUUCUACACGACCCGCCGGUCCUACAGCCGGCCCAGCUACUCCACAUACUCCGUCACUUACGAACCUGCCCAUCUGUAUCCGGGAUACGGAAAGAGGCACCCCGUGGAGUGUUCCGCUGCUGGGGACUAGCUCGCUUGUGAAUGCUGAGAAUAACACGGGCCAGACGUAUCACCACAUCAUCCCGUACGCGGGGCACAUGCGGCUGACGGCGGUGUCGGCGCCCACCUUCUCGACGCGCACCAGGCCCUCCGUCAUCAUGGCCGAGAUCGACCGCAUCAACCACCGCCUGCGCCCGUCUCUCGCCUACCAGCCCGCCGAGGACUUCCUCAACUCCAGAUCCAUCGUGGUCGCUGCCCUGUUUGCAGACGGCCGUCGCUUCUGGCCCGCUCUCUUGCUGACCCGCUGUAGGCAGGACAGUUUCCGUUUGUUGCAGUCGUUCGACGACGAGGCGCGCGCCAUCCGCGGCCAAGCGGCGCACCUGCUCAAGCGCAUCCACACGCCGGUGCCCAGGGCCCUGAGGCCGCUGCCCGUCAUCACCACGGGGUAUGAGUACGAGGAGCUGCCUCUGCCGCCGCGCAUCACGUCUGACAUGUACAUCCAACGGCUGCUGGGUCUGCGUGACGUGCAGCACGAAGUGCUGAGCCGGUCCUACUACAACGAGCCAGGCUCUCGCGCCAACAUCGGCAAAGGCCACCUGGCGUGCGUCACGUACGCUGGCGGGAAGGCCUUCUCCAGGCGGCGACCACUCGCUUCCCAUGAGAACAACGGGGACUACAUCAGGAACAACGUCAAGAUGCUGUCGCACUACGAGAGAAUGCGCGAGGCCGCCAAGAGCCCGGUAGUCGAGGAAAAAGUGUUUCCUGGGGAAUGUCGUAUUGCCAGAGGUCCAAGACCUGUGAAUAGUGGUUACUACAGACCAACAAAUGACCCUGGUAAGGAAUAUGCAGAGGCACUGGCAUCUGCAGCGAUAGCCACAGCAAAUUUCAACAUGCACACAGCUGCCCUAGAGGAGAAUCGCAAAAACAAGCAAAAGAGAGAAGAUGCAAGACUUGCAUCUGCUGCAGAAGAACGAGAUAAGGAAGGUGAAUCAGCUACUGAUGGUGAAUCACAAUCUGAGCAAGUACAAAAGAAGCUGGAGGAAGAAGUAAAGAGGAAGGCAGAAGAGGAGGCCAAGAGGAAAGCAGAAGAGGAGGCCAAGAGGAAAGCAGAAGAAGAAGCCAAGAAGAAGGCAGAAGAGGAAGCCAAGAAGAAGGCAGAAGAGGAAGCCAAGAAGAAGGCAGAGGAGGAAGCUAAAAAGAAGGCAGAAGAAGAAGCAAAGAAAAAGGCAGAAGAGGAAGCCAAGAGAAAAGCAGAAGAAGAAGCUAAAAAGAAGGCAGAAGAGGAAGCCAAGAGAAAAGCAGAAGAGGAGGAAGCAAAGAGAAAAGCAGAGGAGGAGGAAGCCAAGAGAAAGGCAGAAGAAGAAGAAGCCAAGAGAAAAGCAGAAGAAGAGGAAGCCAGAAAGAAGGCAGAAGAAGAAGCCAAGAAAAAAGAGGAAGAGGAAGCAAGGAUAAAGGCAGAGGAAGAAGAAGCCAGAAGAAAGCAAGAAGAAGAAGAAGAGGCAAAAAAGAAAGCAGAGGAGAGUGAACCUGCAAAGGAAGAGGAUAUAGAAGAUAUAUGGGCUGGUGUAGAUGAGGACAUGCCUCGAAAAAAGGUAGUACCUGAAGUAGUAGCAGAUACUGCAGAAGAGGAGGCACAGCCUGCUGGUGAUCAGACAGAGAGCAAGCCAGCAGAAGAGGAGCAAGUAGACCAGGGUCCAGAACCCGUUGUGGAGGAGCCUACCUCACCAGAGACCCCAGCUCCCACUGAGAAGCCAGAAAUAGAAGAAGUGCCAGCUUCAGAAGAAGAAUAGCAGAAUUAUUUCAAGAACUGAAAAUACAUCCCAUUUAAGACACUGACAGAGAUGUGUUACUUUUCUAAGUGUGUUUGGUUGUUGUUCUCUUUAUUGUAAGUUAAGAUUCUUCUCAGUGGUUUGCUGGAACUGGAUGUAGAGUGUACUCUUUCAGAGGUUUUUGGGUGUCAUUCUGUGAAAGUGGCUGUUGCAUUUGUGUUGAAAGUGCCCAAAGCACAAAUAUUUUUUAAGUGUUGUGAGUUAUGGCUUUUUCCUACAUACAUAUCAUUCAUUCAGGUUCAACCUUUGUUGAGAAAUGCUAGCAUUUCCCCGUCUAUCACAAUGUCACAUAAUUUAUUUGUAAUUUUGCAUUUAAUUUUAUCACUGCUAAUUUGUUACUGCUGUAAGCUAUUCUCUAAAAAUCAUUGGGGUGAAAUGUAAUUUUCAGUAUGGUUGCUCUAUGUAGACAAUAAAAUGUGUAUUUAUGCAUUUUGGUAAUAAAUACAUUAUUUUGUCAGUAUAAAA